CGAAACAUGGCGCGCGGACUCGCCACGAAGAUGGCUGCCGCGCGUUACGAAAGACCGGACGAUCUAUCGCGGGGAAGCCGUUUCCCGAUCGUUCAGACAACCGCCGCGUCGCCGUCCGCUCUCCUCAGUCGUCGGGAACGGUAGUGGCCGUCGACGCGAUGGUAUACGACAUCAAGUGGAUCAUACCGCAACUACGGAACCCGAGCCGGCUGUGGAACAUCGCGAGUAACUUAACCUUCAUAGCGGUGGGCAUUUUUUCGAAAAUCAUCAUAGAAUGGCUGAACAAAACGACGGUGUACAACAAGCACAUUAUCGUGAGCGCCUUAGACCUCCGGCCGAAAAACGUUCCGCUCAUUACCGUGUCGAAUCAUCACAGUUGCUUCGACGAUCCGGGUAUAUGGGCGACCCUGGACUGCCGGCACGGGUUUAGCCGAUCUAAGAUGCGAUGGUCGCUCGCCGCGCAUGACAUUUGUUUCACGAAUGUCUGGCAUUCCUACUUUUUCAUGCUCGGCAAGUGCAUACCCGUCGUCCGAGGCGACGGCGUGUAUCAGGAAGCCAUGGAUUUCUGCAUCGAAAGGCUGGCUCUUGGCGAUUGGGUGCACGUCUUCCCUGAGGGAAAAGUCAAUAUGCUUAAGGAAGAAAUGAGGUUGAAAUGGGGCGUGGGUAGAUUAAUAUUAGAAUCGCCGGUCACGCCUAUUGUAAUUCCUAUCUGUCAUUUCGGUAUGGAUGAAGUACUUCCCAACGAGCCGCCGUACAUGCUUAAAGUGGGAAAAAGAGUUACCAUGAAUUACGGCGAGCCCAUAGAUUUAAGCGGACUGCUGGCCGAAUUGCGCGAGUCGCAAGCGAGCGAGAUGGAAGCGCGAAAAGCGAUAACUGAUCACAUUCAGGAAGAGCUUAUAAGAUUGAAAGCAGCAACGGAAAAGCUUCACGAAGCGAAGUUAUGACGAAGAUGAUCCCUUUCCAGUCAUCAUCUCUCCGUCUAAUCUUAAUUUGCCAAAAAAUUAUAAAAAGAAAUUGAUAUGUCAGCAAAAGUGAGAUUUGUAUGUAAACGUAAAUGUGUGCGAGAUCAGUUUCCUUUUGAAUGCGUAUAUUCGUAUUAUAAUAGUAUUUUUGACAAUAUUAAAUAUCGUAAUGUAAGCAUCAAUUGUAUAAGAAGUCAUACUGCGAGUUAUGGCGUUUCCAUUGGUUUUUUUAAAUUAUUCCUCGUAACUCUCCGAGAGAUCGAUAUGCCUACAUAGAAUGUAAAAGUUACGCACUUGCUUCCACAGUUUUACAUAUUCGGUGAACAUAAAAUUGAAAUCUAUUGAAAUUUAAUAAUCUGUAACAUGAGAUUUAUUUUUUAUUUAUUAGUUUCAAGUACUAUAGACUAGUAAUAAAAUUAAUUUUUAUCAUGUGUGAUUCCUGUUGAUUUCACUACAGAGAUUUUAAUGUUUAUAUUAAUAAUUAAUAAUUUGUAAAAAUAGUGACGAUGAACAAAUUUAUAUAUAAAAAUAUAAUAUAGAAUAUAAAAUUGAUUAUAAUUUUGAAGAUUUCCAGCGAAGGAAGAGUGCACAAGAGCUUUCGAUACAUUUUGCUCCAAUAUAUUUACAUAUAUUCCUUCUCGGAGAGUCGUGUAUUUCUUGGAUAACGUCUAUACCGCCUUGUACAAUAAUUUAUAAAUAUCUAUAUACAGGAUGUCUCACUUCUCGCGCGCAAAAGUAGAAGAUUUCUUGUAUAUGUAUAUUACAUAUGUACAUAGUACGAAUAAUUAUAAUGCUAAUCAUGAUUUUAUGAUGAUUGUCAAUAAAAAUUUUGAUAGUACAAGCGGAGACUACGUAAUCGCAACCGAGGUUUAAUAACGUAAUUACAAAAAAUCGUGCCAGUAACUCAUUCAUUAUUUUGAAGAUCUAAGAUGUCGCUAUUAGCGCGAGUAAUGCGCACACUUGGCCAUCAUUGAUUAUAUGUUUCGCGCCUAUCGUUACAAGCACCGUGCCAAUUAACCAAUUUAUACUCCGUUUUGCUAGGAGACACGCGUAAUAGACUUUCACGUUUGCAGUUAAGAUAGACGACCAUUACAACUAAUGCACAGCGUGGAACAUUCGCUUAUCAUUUGCGAGAGAGAGAGAGAGAGAGAGAGAGAGAGAAAAGUUGUAAUUUUAUAAUUUGCAUAAAAACUCUUUUGAAAAGCAUGGAUGCAGCAUGGACGGGAAAUACAUUUUUUUACCAUGAUAGCUGUGAAAGAAGAAAAAACCAAUGUAUUUGUUCGCCGAUGAUGCAUGAUUGUUUUUUGGAUAUUUAUUGCGAUAUAUUUAAGUCGUUACAACAGCUGUUAUUAUGACAAUCGCAUAUCUAUGUACGCUCCCGUGCGUGUGCGUAUAUAUACACAAUGUUGAAUACAUAUACUUUUAUACUAUA